AUGAGUUCAUCAAGCAGUUUAGGUUCAUCUGCUGCAAGUGCUUCUGCUCCUUCCAUUGAUCAAUCUGGAGAUGAAAAUGCUCCUCUUUGGGGCUAUGUUACAAAAUUAGUUAAAAGGGGAGAAGGAGGAAGUGGUAAUACAAAAUUUAAGUGUAAUUUUUGUGACAUUGAGUACCAAGGGUCAUAUUUUAGAGUUAGAGCCCAUUUGUUGCUACUUACUGGCCAUGGAAUUAGAGUGUGUGCAACUGUGAAGAAUAAGAGUAAUCUUCUUUCUGAAAUUCGAAAGGUAGAUCAAGAAGCUGAAAACCGGAAAAAAAUGGCAAAGCCAAAAAAUGUUCCUUUACCGCCUCCAUCUUCUCAAAUUAGUGCUAGCCACGACAGUGUAGAAGAUGUUGGAACAUUUAGAAUGGAAGGUUAUGCACCAAGAAAGAGAAAGGCUUUCCAUUUGGCUAGGAAUCCAUACUUUGUGGAUGCUUUUCAAUAUGCUGCUGAGAAUCAAAUUGUUGGGUAUGUCCCUCCUGGAUAUAAUUUGUUGAGGACUACCUUACUUCAAAAAGAAAGGGCAAAUAUUGAAAGGUUAUUGGAACCAACUAAAAAAUCAUGGGAUGAGAAGGGGUUGAGUAUAGUAUAUGAUGGAUGGACUGGUGCACAAAGGAGGCCUCUCAUUAAUUUUAUGGCAGCAUGUAAUGGUGGAGCUAUGUUUAUAAAAGCUGUUAAUUGUGAGGGUGAGACCAAGGACAAGUAUCAUAUUGCCAAACUAAUUAGUGAAGUGAUUGAUGAAGUGGGUCCUAAUAAUAACAUUUGUGCUGCGAAGGAAGUUGGAGUUGCUGCAUAUGCUUAUGAUGAAUGCCAUUGGAUCACUACUGUGAUUGAUGAUGUAAUGUUUGUGAAAAAUUUUAUCAUGAAUCAUUCUAUGAGAUUAGCUAUUUUUAAUGAGUUUGUACCUUUGAAGUUACUUUCUGUUGUAGAUACACGCUUUGCAUCUGCAAUUGUUAUGCUAAAAAGGUUUAAACUUAUAUAUCAUGGUCUCCAAACAAUGGUCAUAAGUGACAAAUGGGCUUCUUACAAGGAAGAUGAUGUUGGGAAAGCAGCUGUUGUAAAGGAAAAGUUGUUGAAUGAUGUUUGGUGGGAUAAGAUUGAAUAUAUACUCUCAUUCACAUUGCCUAUUUAUGAGAUGCUUAGAUUUUGUGACACUGAUAAGCCAUGUCUACAUUUGGUUUAUGAGAUGUAG